AUUUGUUGUCAAUUUGACAUUUCUCCUGUUCUACUUGCUAAAAUAAGGACAAUUUUCAGAAAAUACUUUUUUAAGCGGAAAAGAACCAGUAAUGGGAAAAUUAAAACAGGUUGACUAGAUUCUACAUAUCUGACCAUGUACAACGUAUGAAAACCAUGAAUUUAUGGAGGUACUAGUUUUGGAAACAACUGUGAUUCAUCCUUGAAGCAGUGUGUUCAUCUGUUGACCAACAAUACACCUGCAUGACGUAAUUUAAUAUUUCAGUAGGUGCUAAAAUGAGCUGCAGGAAUAUUUUACAAGAGAAAUUUUAUAUUUUACCAUGUUAGGAAAUCGGAUCAACAAUUUAGCAACUUCCUGAAAUGCUUCUUUAGAGGAUUAAAGCUGAGUGAAUCAAAACAUGGAUGACUAUAAAUUCCUGUUCAAAGUGGUCCUAGUAGGGAAUGCAGGAGUCGGGAAGACUUGUCUGGUUCGAAGAUUCACACAAGGCUUAUUCCCUCCUGGCCAGGGUGCUACCAUAGGUGUUGAUUUCAUGAUCAAAACUGUUGAGGUGGGGAAUGAAAAAGUGAAGCUACAAAUAUGGGACACUGCAGGUCAGGAACGCUUCAGGUCCAUCACACAAAGUUACUAUAGAUCUGCUCAUGCCCUAAUACUAGUCUAUGAUAUAUCUUGCCAGCCUACAUUUGAUUGCUUACCUGACUGGUUGAGAGAAAUUGAAGAAUAUGCUAGUAGUAAAGUGCUACGAGUAUUGGUUGGUAACAAAAUUGACAGAGAAGAUAGAGAAAUUCCAACACAUGUAGGUGAAGAAUUUGCAGAGAGGCAUAACAUGUACUUUCUAGAAACCUCUGCUAAAGAAUCUGAUAAUGUAGAAAGGCUAUUCAUGCAGAUAGCUGAAGAUCUGAUGAAGCAAGCUAGAACUAGGGAUCUUCCACGUUACGAUUCUAAUGCACAAAGUAUAAAUGGAAGAACAUCUACUAUAGGAGAUUCUAGCUGCUGCAGCAAACUUCAGUAACUUAGUGGUAAAUUUUAGGCACAUUAUAUUUUAAAAACUUGCAGUCAUCAAAAUUAAACUGCAUUGAUUAUUUUUUUUGCAGAGAUUUUCUAUUUAUUUAUUGAUGUUGCCAAACAUAGGGUAUGUGUUUGAAUGUUUACAAAUUUUUUAUAUCUACUACUGUGAUAAGCUUCUUAGCUAUAAGUUUGACGUUUUAAGCCUGAACUAUGAACAUUUUUUAUAGAAUGUAUCUGUAGUGUUGCAUUAUACGAACAUAGCAAUUUGAAAUAGAAAUAAUAUUCUGUAUAUGAUGCUUCAGGUGGCAUUACAAACAGUACACAUAAAAUGCGAAAGGAUUUCGCGAACAUCACAAUAUUAUUUGGUUGGUUUUUGGUUUGUUAGGCCGUCGUACGUGUACGAGAGUGAAGCGUACAAUACGUGUGUUAGAACGAGAUAGAAGCACCUCGUUGCCUAGCAACCCGAGUACAAGAUCACGUAAGCCAUCGGCGCACUCUUUCUAACAUACAUAUCGCACUUGUCUCUCGUACACAUUACGACGUCAGCCAAAUUUGAAUCUCACCAUAUAUAGGAAAUAUGCAUAUGAUUCAAAUAUCAGCUAAUUAUUUGUAUUUUUUAUACUCCAACCAGCACGAAGGCCUAAGGUCUAAACACCCAUGGGGUACCGCAGAAGUUAUUUUUCGAAGCACAUGAGAGUUUUGACCUGACCAAUAACGCAAAUUCUGUUUGUUGACGAAGCCGUUCAGUCAAAAAUGCGCCUCAUCACUGAAGAUGAUUUUGCGAUGAAAUUGGUCAUUUUCUUGCAACAUUUCUAGAGCCCAAUUCGAGAACGUACGUCGGUUAGUAUGAUCGAACGGCUUUAGUUCUUGAGUUAACUUGAUCUUAUAAGGGUGCAGGCCAAGAUCUCUUCGCAAAAUUCGCCAUAGUGUGGUCUGAGCGAUGCCCAAUUCUUCAGGACGCCGUGGAAUCGACGUGUUCUGUUCGUUUGCGGCACUUCAACCAACCCGUUAUCUCUCUGGCACGGGAACAUCCAGCAGCAAAUAAUGUGGACUCAAUUUUUUUUUACUAGGCUAUGAAUUGCUUGUCUACUGGGACGAGAAUUAUGACCAAAAAUUGGCGUUAACGCUCUUAAAGUUGCAGUCACCGACUCGGAAUUUCGGUAGUAAAUUUUAAUUAUUUGUAAGCGUUGUUCGUUCGUGUACUUCACCAUGAUGAAUACGUUUUCUUUACUGAAUGUUUUGACAUUGACUGUUAGGUAAUUGGUUUAAAUGUGCGUUCACAGUGAAAGUUCAAAGUUGUCAAGUCCCUGUUGGAAAACCCGAUAUAUCCUGCAUACCAAGUAUCUAGUUUUCCAUGUUUUUUUUCCAAUUGAAACAAUUUUCUACUAAUUCGAUUGACGAUAGAAAGAUCUUAAUCCAAUCUAUCUGUACCACUUUCAAACUUGACAACUCCAUACAUGCAUGUAGAUGUGAUAGACGCGAGCGGUGUUGAUUUGUCAGUCCGAUUUAAACUUGCACACCUUUGUUCUCAUAGUCAGUUGAUUGUCAACCUGUCAUUUUGAUAUUUGAUCAGUUCAAGGGAAUAUAGUUUUUCAUCAGGUUGUUUUUACAACUUUCUUGUGUAUUUUAGAUAGAUCACAGACAGACUUAGUUCUCGAGAUAUAGCCUUCCUGAGUACUAUCAACAAUGACUGAAAGUGAUUUAUCUUCUUCAAGUGGCAAAUGAAAGAAAUAUACAUAAUCUUUGUGAUCCAAGGUAAUUAAAAACUAAUCAUAUUUGGGCAAAAUGGUAGCUCUGUAUUCUGUACUUACACAACAAUAUAAAUUAAUUUUUGAAGAUAUUUAAUCUCUUUUCAUAAUUUACACCAAUGAUCUCUUAGCAUCUCGGAAAAUAUACUUUAUCCAUAUCAUAUUUUUGCACAUAAGCACAAUACAGUACUUAUAAUGAGGUUUACGUUCUUCAACCAUUCUUGAUUUUUUUUUAAAUUAAAACUAGAAGGUUUGGAAAGUUGACAGCACAUUCACUAAACAGACAAUCAAAUGACAUGUCAAGGGUUAUGAAGUCACUGCAAAGCGCGCCAAAAAUGUGGCGUUCAAAGAUUUAACAAAUAUUUUCAUGACUGAAAUAUGUGUUUAUGGUAUAUUAACGUAAAUAAUCCACAGAGAAUACAAAAAACAUGCAUAUUCCCUAUUAUAAAUUUGUUAUAUAGUGGGAAGUUUGUCAGAAGAAUGCAGUUGUUGAGGAAAAUUAAGUGCCUUUUACUCCACACGCUAAUGGAAGGUAAUAUGGAAAGCUAGAAGUAGAGAGCGAUAAUUUGGUUGGGGUCAUGCCUAAGGUUAUAAACAGACAAUACAGUCAAUUGCCGAUCAACCGUUCAAGUUAUAAAAUUUUGAAAAAUAGGUUACUUUUCUAUCCAAUAAUAAUUCCUGCUAGUUGAGCUUACUUUUUCCCAAUAAGUCAGCGUUCUUACGUUGUGUUAAAUGUGUUCCUUCUACUGGGAGAUUAAAAAAAAUGCGUCAAUAUGACUAUUUCUCUAUGUUCCUAAUUCGUUUAUUUAAUGUAUUUUGUUGUUUGAGGAUAUAAUUUGGAGAGUACUGUAUGUAUUGCGAUCUGUUGACUCAAACAGAAUGUUGCAACAUUUUUUAUUGCAUUUAAAAUAUUCUGCCAGUAGAUAUCAAAUCAAAACAAUACAGAAACAACUUUAUUCUUAGCUCAGAUCUCUAUAAUUCGCGGUUUGUAAGUGGUUUGUGAGUUAGCUUUAACGUUGUAAGGUUAUAUUUCUUGUUCUGUUGAUUUUCCCAAUAUUUUGAGAUUUGUCCACUCCUAAAAUAUUAUUUCAACCGAAAACUUUUUCAGCUUAAAUAACAUUGAUUUUUUGAUUGUGUUAGUAUUUUUCCAUUUCUGUAUCAGACGUUUAAUUUUGAUGAUGAUUUUGCACAGGCUCGUCGAGAGGGGGGAUGAAGUGGGGAUUUCCGCGAUUUCCCCGAUCUGUGCCACAUUUUUUUCUCCGAAAUGGACGCUGAACCUGAACUCAUAUUUGAUUCCCAGGCUUGAGUUUUCUCUCGGCGAGCCUGAUUUUGUAUGGAGAUUGAAUUUAUAUUUAUCUGAAUCCUGACCUGAUUCCUGAACAGGGCAGUACGAAAACAUCAAUAUGGUGCAUAAUGUUAUUGGGUUUGUUAUUCUGAUGUUGUUUUUAAUAUUAUUGAUAAAUGUUUUUAUGUGCUUAAUAUUGUUGAGAUUAAAUUAACGCUAUCGUGAGGAUAUGCUCCUUAUGUUAGGAAAGAAGUAAUGUUGGUUUUUCAAUAGUUUUCUUAAGUGUAGAAUAAUUAUUUGGAAACACAUUUAUAUUAAUAUAGGUGUAUAUACAUAGUCAGGGAUCCCAUGUAUACCACGAAAUUCUGUAGGGUUUUAGGUCUGGAUUGAUGAAGAUCCAAUGCUUUUCUAUCGUACAUCUUCAACCAACGAAGUCGAUUUUUUUUUUAAAUGGACCACCCGAUUUGAAUGCAAAUUUGCUAGUAUUUAGGAAUGAGUACAGAAGAGUAGUUGUACGAAAUUAAAUGAUAAUAAUUGAAAGAUUUGUCAUUUUUUUGUUCAUGAACUACUAUAUGCAUUUAGACUAUUUUUAACUGUAGCUAUACGUGGGGCACUUGACUCUCACUCUUUACGCUUUGUUAGAUAUUACAGCUAUGUAGCAUUUUGUGGAAUUGCACUGCAAAUAUUUCAGUUUGAAUCCAGGAGUUUAUAAUUAUUGUAUGGGUAUGCCUUUACACCCAAAACAUUCAUCAUUGAUUAUCGACCUAUUGGAUGUUCUUUAGAGGUAUAGAACUUUAAGAGAAAAUAAUACAAAGGAAUGGUUACAGAAGUCAUAACUAAUACUCUGCUACGUAUUAAAAAGCUCAGUACUCACGAGAAGUUCGAAAAUCCCGUGAACACAUUCAAAAAAUGCCCAACCAAAUUUGACCAUAAUAUCGUCAAGUCGUUGAAAGUUUAACGAUUUGUUAAUCCUCGAUUGAUCGUAAAAUAGAGUGACCAUAGAUAUUUAAUAAAAUAAGUAUAUUAAAACAUUCUUAAAAUGCACAACAUAUGACAAAUAACAUGUUUGAACAUAUCAGAAAUCACAAAUUAAGUUAUUACCUUGCGUGGUCACAGUUGACGUAUAAACUAAAAAUGAGAUAAAAUAAUAAUAUAGUAGCACGGUACUAUUUUGGAAGCAUUGCAAUGUACCAGAUUGUUGCGUCCCCAAGCAGUGAUAACCUCCCGGUCUCAGGUCGUAGAGAAAGUCCUUUUCUCCAGCUUACUGGCAGAUUUCGGCUUUCCACUCUAAAUUCCUGCACGUGAAAACAAUGUUGAUUGUUUUCUUUGAUUCUCGGGGCAUUGGAUCCUUCAUCACGAUAAGGCGCCUGCUCACACGUCUCUCGUUGUGCGUUAGUUUUUAGCCCGAAGCUCAAUCAGCGUGACGGAAAACCCGAUUUAGCCACUUGCGACUACUGCCUGUUCUCAAAAUGCAAAAUGGUGCUUCGGGAGCGGCACUUGGGGGAUGUGGAAGCCGUCAAGGCAGAGACGACACGGCAAAUAAAGAGCCUCACAAUUGAAGACUUUCAGCGAUCGUAUCAACAGUGGAAACGGUGUUGGCAGAAGUGCAUCUUGUCUUAGGGGAGUAUUUUGAAGGAGACCAUACUGAAAUAAAUUGUAAAAUAAAGUUAUUAUUCCACUUUUAUACGUAUUUUACGGACAUACCUCGUAUAAACAACGGAUCCAGGCCACAAACGUUCAUUAUUUGAGAUUGAUAUGAAAAGACAAACAUCGAGUUCGACCAAAAAGCUGAGAUUCGAUCGGACCCAUACCAUGUACAACGAUUUUAUUAUUUUGUUUUAAAAUGCUGUACCUCCGAUAACACCCAAUACAUAUUUUGUAAAAAAAUAUCGUUCAACACAUCACAUAUUACUGAACGCUUAUUUUAUAGGUAUUCUUUAUAUUUAGUUAUCUUAUACAUUCCAUUUUAUUUACUUGGUUGUGAAACUAUUUAUUUUCUUGUUAUUAUUUUAUACAAUAGUGCAGUUAUUCAUGCUACUUGUAUUUUUUGUACCCUUUUUAUCACGGGCUUAUUAUUUAUUUGACGCUAUAUACAGUUUCAAGUAGUUUGUUAUUCCAGUAUGUUUUUAGAACAUAAAGACGAAGUAGUAGGUCAUGUGGUAACAAGAUAACUGGGAAUAAUUAUUUCUACAAGUCAUACAUUUUCCUGACAGUAUGUGAAUGAUCUGUAAGAAUUACAAGAGAUCAAAUUUUGAUGGAACCCAAAAACAUACAAUAAUGUUAUACAUCCUCAAUUUAUUUUGAUACCCCUCUUUGCCUCGAUUUAUUUAUUUAGUUAUACGUAAGUGCAAUUACACGGUAUGAAAUCUGAGAUCAAAUUUGCAUAGACAACUGGCAAAAUGAACGAUGCGUUGACGGUCAUAACCUCAAAAUGUUUAACACCUCGCAAGUAUAUAUUCACUAUUUCACGAGUAUCCAUCACGCUAGAAUGACAGCUGGUUAUCUAGUCAUAUCUCAAAAUUCCCCAUAACGGCACAGGACAAUUCUGACGGAUCCGUCAACGUCAGGUAGUCAGAGCCGAAUUUUGUUUUGGUGUUUUGUUCGCUACAGAUUCAUUUUGUACUUGCUAACAGCUCUUUUAUUUAAAAACAAAAACCAGUUUUACAAGAUUUAGACCAAUCGGAGACUAACACAAAAAUAUCACUUGCUCUCAGUAGACGUCAAAGCGUGAUGGAUACUCGUGAAAUAGAGUAAAGGUGUCACAAUCUCCGUUGGCAGUUACUGUAACCUCACUUACUUUUGCUGGAUUGCCAGUUGUAAACAAAUUCGAUAUCAAAUUGCAUCACCAAUUUCAUAUCGUAUCGUGCGGCCCUAAACAAUAAAGCUUAUUGUCAGCGAAAAACUACAGAAAGCCGCUUAUGCGUGUAGAUAAAGGAUAACAGUUCAAUUGUUUCACCUGUUUGGGAGUUUCGGCAGGUUUAUUAUGUAAAAAUCUAUAAGUCAAAAAAACUGAUAGACUAGAUAGCUGGGAGUGUGCAAAUAGUUCAUUUCGCGCCUGCUGCAUGAAGUGAACGAAAGCUAUGGUAUAUUCACUGAAUUAGAGCAGUGUCAAAUAAUGACAGUGACGCAUAUGGUUGCCACAUUAAUUAAAACUACUAGAUCCUUGGAAAUAAACCACAAAUAAACAACAGUCGUUGGCGUAAUUACCUAACAAGCUUUGCGACUAUGUCACAACACAGAAAACUGUUACCAACAUAAAUCUGCCCGGGAAAUUCAAACUAUACGUACCAAUUUAGGAUCUAUUUUGCAUUAAGGUUGGCACACAAAUUUACUAAAUAUGACGUGUUUCAAUGAAAGGACUAGAGUUCCUAGUUGAUAUAUUGUGGGAAAACCUAGAUAAUGUCAUAAAACCCUACGUAAUGUCGCUUUUCAAAUUACGUGAUAGAGCUCAAGUUUCAAAUACAGUGGUCAAAAUAGUAUUGGCAUACCCUUUUUCUCUUGAAUCUCAUUAAGGAAAAUAUAAAUUUCUUAAUAGUAAAUUUAUUUGAAAACUAACAUCCAAAUAGUUUUUUGUUGGCAAUAGAUUGAGACAACUGAAGCUUUAUUAUGGGCCUCCCUGUACUUAUGGAUAAAAUGGAGAACGUAAUUCUUCUUCUGAGCGUUUUUAGACCAGUAUUUUGUGAAGACUUAACUUUGCAUUCUCCAAUUUAGUUGAUAACUAUUGAUGUAGCUAUUUAUUCGAUCGUUUGCGCUUAAUAUUAAGAUAAUAUGCGCACUAAUUUUUACAAUUGGUUCAAGGUGUAGGUGAUUUUUUAUACUUUUAUUAUUACAUUCAAACCAAAGAAUAACUGUAUCACU